UGAAAAUGCCUAAUAAAAAUUUUAAUACUCCGUGUGUUGGAUUUUUUUUAGGCGAGAGAUGGGUUUGAUCCAUUCUCAAAGUUGACAAUGGUGAAGUCGGACAGGUGAUAACAAAAGAGAUUAGUAUCCUGAGAAUAGAGUAUCAGGAUAGGAUCGGAACGAUAACUCUGUCCAUGACGAUGAUUAAAUUCCUCUAAUCUUUCAGGUUUUUGUAACAUUUUUCCUUAUUCAAAACAUUGAGUAACAACAACAACAACCCAGUUGAAUCCCACUACAGUAGGGUUUGGGAAAAAACAUUGAGUAAUUAUAUGUCAAUUAAUAGCCCGUGCAUCGCACGGGUACGAGUCUAGUUCAAGACAAUACUCAAUCCAGUCUCAGCCCUCAAUCUUAGAACUAGGUAAAAGUCUAUCCCUAAUCGUCUAAAUUGUCAAAUCUUAGAUUCAUGUAAAUCCACUUUUGCCUUUGAUCUGAUCAACGAGAAUGUUGUGCUCUUUAUUCAUCUUUAUUCAUCACGAGGUUUUGAAAAAGCAGGGGAGUUUGCCACGGAACUAUGCAGAUUAGCUAGGAAUCUAGUGGUUCCUCCCCAAAUCUGCUCUCUUCUCCAGAUUAGGUUUAUACAUUGUACAAGCUGAAUAUGUUCCACUCUUUCCUCUAUGCAGGUAUGCUUCUUACUCCAUUUUUUCUGUGAUCACUAUAUUUGUUUAUUUGAUCGUAUUUUGAGUCAUUAGCCUUGUAUACCUAAGUAUAAAGGUAAUUUUUUUGAAUAAAAUUUGUUUGCUUGCUUUAAGUUGACCAAAUUCUCAAUAUUAUGGCUCAAAAAUCUUUUUUUUAUCUUGGCUAAACCAUUUAAUUUUGAUUUCUUAUGCCCUAAACUAUUUUAUAGAGAAGAUAAUAUUUAGGAUUGCAAAUAGUGAGUUCAAUUAGCUCAUUUGUACCAUUAUUGCGUUGCAAUUUUGUAUUUAGAGUUGAGUUAUGCAAUAUAUGUUGGUAUGUAAUGUAAAAAAUUGCUUGCUGUUGGCUUAAGGUCAAAUGUUUUCCCAUGUUUUUGAGUAAAUAUAACACGUAGUAGUUGUUAUCUGUGGUAUGUUUUAUUUUACUCUGAUUUAUUUGAGUUGUGUUUGCUGGAUUUUGAAACUAGUCUUGUUCCUUCAAACUGCACUAGGAGUUCAAUAAUAAAGUUGUAUUUUUUUUCAAUAUUCUCUUUUGGUUGCAAAAUGUUUGAUUAAAUUCCUCUUAGAUGUUUGUUGUCUUAUUUUUAUUGUAUUAGUGUUGUACUUUUUGAUUUUCUCGUUACUUUAAAUUAAAACAGAUUAAUCCAAAUCCUCGUGAAACUAGAUUUUGUUUUUGCUAUUUUCACAACAGGGUGGUUCAAAUGACAUUGGCACCCAAUAUCAUUGCAUGACACGGGGUGCCUACGGUGCUCUGUUCGAAAAAUUGAUAAUUCCUACCCCUGAACCCCCCGAGCUCCCCUCUGCCCCCUAGCCAAUCGACGGGGGGGGGAGGGGUGAGGCGAGGGGGUUAGCAACCAUCAAUUUUUUGAACGGAGCUCUGUAGGUACUCUGGGUCAUUCUAUGACAUUGGGUGCCAAUGUCAUUUGAACCAUAACUCAAUGAUCUCCUGAAAAAUAUCCUCAUGUUUGAGUUUGAACUAAUACUACUUUUUUGAGUAGAGAUUUACACCAGCUUUUAGUAACAGAUCAGUAGGUAAAUUUAUUAGGCAUAUUUGGGAUCAAAUGAUUCAUUUGUGGAAAUAAAUUAAAUAACAUAAACAUAUUUAUGGUGAAUCGACAUGCAAUUUAGGCUGAACUAAAGAUAUUUUGGUUUUAAAUUUUGAUUUUUACAAAACACCAAUGAAAAAAAUUGCAACUUUUUUGUGCAUCAACCAUUCUUCAUUGCAUCUUGCACUCAAAUUUAUACUCCAUACGUCCACAAUUUUCUUUCUCACUUUGACUUUACACACUUAUUAAGACAAGUUAAAAAGUGUAAAGACAUUCCAUGUUUUCCCUUGAGGUGAUGGGUAGGAACAAAUAAGGUGAAUAAAGUGAUUGGUAUAAUACUAUAAUGGCAAAUUCAUUAGAAGUUAUUUUCCAAAAUAAGAAACGGGAAAGAAAUUUGUGGACGACCCAAAAAAGAAAGUGGGUAGGAAAAUUGUGGAUGGAGGGAGUAUAUUUUAUGCAAUUGGACCUCAACACUUGCAUAGACUUCAUUCUCUUAUGAUUAUUCAUUUAUUCGUUUGUUGCUCUCAAUUUUACUCCAUUAUUGUGUUUUUACUUGUGCAUAAUACUAUACCUCCUUCCAAAAAUAAUCCUUCAUUGUAACAAUAAUAUUUAACAAUUGGUUUUCAAUCUUUGUAAUUUUUUCAUGGAAUCAUGUUCUCAGCAAGGUGUGACCCAAUCAAUUGGAAAAACGGACAGAAGCAGGCAAUGAUGUGGAGUAAGUACUGUACAAGAAGUAUUGGAACUUCUAUUUCAUCUUCAUGUGGAUUUGAGAAGGAUCCAAGCAUACCAUCUAUUCAAGAACUUGCUGAUGCACGAGUGAUAUAUAGUGUAGCCUCUGCAAUGGGUCAUAACAAGGAAUCACAUCCAGAAUCCCAUCUAAGAGUUCCUGCAAUUGUGACUGCCCUUAAAAAGAUGAAGCUCACUCCAAAGUUCCAUGGUACAGAUAUAAUUGAACUUAAAACUUUCAAGCGUGCUUCUGUGGAUGACAUUGCGAAUGUUCAUUGUAAAGCGUAUAUUGCUGAUCUUGAGAAGACUAGGGAUGAGUUGGCCAAAAAUAGAAAGGAUAUGAGUAAGGGUGCUGAAAGGGGCUUCAAACACAUUGAUAAAUCAGGGCCAACAUAUGCUACUGCCAGUACAUUCAAGGAUUCCCUUUGGGCAGCUGGCGCAGCACUAGCCGUGGUUGAUGCAGUGGUUGCAGCAUCAAAAAAGAGCUUAAAUCCUCCCACUGGAUUUGCUUUGAUAAGACCUCCAGGGCUUCAUGCUUUACCAACUAGUGCUAUGGGCUUUUGUGUUUUUGGUAAUGUGGCCAUUGCGGCACGCCAUGCACAACUUGUGCAUGGAUUAAAGAGAGUAUUUAUCAAUGAUUAUGAUGUUCACCAUGGGAAUGGAACAAGUGAUAUUUUUUAUGAAGAUCCAGAUGUAUUCUACUUGUCUACUCACCAAGAAUUGCUGUUUCCAGGCACGGGUAUAAUUCCUGAGGUAGGUUAUGGAGACGGUGAGGGUGCAACACUAAAUUUACCUUUGCCCAAAGGGUCAGGAGAUUAUGCCAUGAGGAGUGUAUUUGAUGAAGUUAUUGUGCCUUGUGCUCAGAGGUUCAAGCCAGAUAUAAUUCUUGUUUCUGCCGGCUUGGUAUUUACAAAGAUAACUUCAAUGCUUCUUGCUUUGUAUAAUUCAAGGUAUGACGGUCAUGUUCUUGACCCAUUCGGCGAUUUGCAAUUUACAACGGGAACAUAUUACAAGUUGGCCUCAAAUAUUAAACAGCUUGCCAAAGAUUUAUGUGGGGGCCGCUGUGUUUUUUUCCUGGAGGGAGGAUAUAACAUUGUUUCUCUUGCAAAUUCAGUGGCAGAAUCUUUCCGAGCCUUGCUUGGAGAUAAAAGCUUGGCAAGCGAGUUUGAUAACCAUGCUAUCCUGGCUGCAGAGCCAUCCGCUAAGGUGAUCAAGAAAGUUAUUGGGAGUGUUAAAUGCAUCCAUUCCCUCUGAAUAAUAUGCCCCCCCCCCUCCCCCCGCUCUUAAAAAUCUUUUUUGUUUUAGCUUUUUGUAGUCAAAUAGUGACAUUUUUUCACCAUAAAUUGUGAUAAAAGUACAUUUAAUUAUGUUAUGAAUUCAACAUAAUUGGUUUCUCCUUA